CAUCGCGCCGCUGCCCAAGGCCAAGGGCUGGUACUCCUUCCGCGGCAGGGAGAGUGUGCCGGCGCUCUUCACGGGGCUCCCCACCUCCAACAAGGCGUGGAAGGAGGAGUUCCUGCUCGUGUCGCCACCGCCGGGCGUGCCAUGGCGGUGCCCCGUGCGCUGGGGCGUCCCGUCCAAGGAGGCCCUGAGCGACCCGGUGCUCACCGAGGGGAGGCGGCCGUGGCGCGACGCCUGGCUCAGGGCCAGGGCGUCGUCGACCUCAAGACGUACCUGUCAGAGAGCAACCUCGUCGCCGCUAAGAUCAGCCGCGCGCCGGCGUGUCAUGGGACGGAGACUUCCCGCGGCCAACCAGCGCCGGCGGGCAAGAAGAGAAAGGCGCCUGCUGCGGCGGCUGUUGCUGGUGGUGUUGGACCUAGUGGUGAGGUCCUUCGUUCACAGCUGGAGGCGAAGGAGAGGGCUCUCGCGCAGGCCAAGGGCCAGAUCAGCCGGCUGGAGGAGGAGCUGGGCAAGGCAAAGAAACGGGAGCUCGCCGAGGCACGCCAGGCGCUGUGUUCGCGCGGCAGCUCGGGACCCAUGUGCUCAAGGCUGAAGGCAGCAAAGGCGCAGGGGGCGCAAGCGUCGCCGUGGCGCCCAGUGAUUCGCACCGUUCGGCGCGGCUGCUCCACGUGAACCGGCGAUCGACGGCUAUCGUGUUUCACUAGCAUUUGGUAUUUUGAGUAGUUCGCUACAGGUUUCUGCAUGACCAGUGUUACAAACAAACACCACUUCAAAUUAUGCACGUGAUCAAAUAUCAUUAACAAUAUUAACUGCUUUUCAGUUAUCAUUCAAAGGACACCCAUUCUAUACUGAAUCGAUAUAUUUAUGCCCUUUGAAUAUGUAUAUAUAUGUGUAAAAUCAUCAAUCAAAAGAACA